GCAAGAACCAAGAUCUCUCUCUCUCUCUCUCUCUCUCUCUCUCUCAAUGGGUUCCUUCUUCCCCUUGAUCUCUCGCCUCGCGUCCUCUUCCAAGCACUACGCCUCUCGAGCUCUCCGAUCAUCCACUGCCUUUCCUCCCCUCCGUUCCCUUUCGACGACCUCAAGCUCCUCGUCCUCCAGUGAUCGCUUCCGGUCUUGGUCCCGCUCCCUUCUCCCCUUCGCCAUCGCUGGUACCGCUGCCUUCGCCCUCUCCCUCGAUCUUCGCCCCACCCCCUCCUCUUGCGAUUCCGGCUUUGGUCACCAGUUCGGAUACUAUUUUGUCGGUCGGAAGGGUAGCACCGAGAUUCUUGUCCAAGGGUCUCAUACGGCGGUUCCAAAGGAGUUCAUCGAUGAGCUGCGAGCUAUUUGUGAGAGUAAUAUGACUUUGGAUUAUGACGAGAGGUACUUCCAUGGGAACCCGCAAAACAGCUUCCACAAAGCUGUCAAUAUUCCUGAUGUGAUUGUUUAUCCGAGGUCACAAGAUGAUGUACAGAAAAUCAUAAAAACUUGCAACAAGUUUAAGAUUCCUAUUGUGCCAUACGGAGGAGCUACAUCUAUUGAAGGUCACACCUUAGCUCCUUAUGGAGGUGUAUGCAUUGACUUGUCAUUGAUGAAAAAAAUCAAAGCAUUACAUGUUAGAGACAUGGAUGUGGUUGUGGAGCCUGGAAUCGGGUGGAUUGAACUUAAUGAGUAUUUGAAGCCUUACGGUCUUUUCUUUCCACUUGAUCCAGGGCCUGGUGCUACUAUUGGAGGCAUGUGUGCAACUCGUUGUUCUGGUUCCUUGGCUGUUAGGUAUGGAACUAUGCGAGAGAAUGUCAUCAAUCUUCAGGUUGUUCUUGGGAAUGGGGAUGUCAUCAAAACAGGUUCUCGUGCUCGAAAGAGCGCUGCUGGGUAUGAUUUAGCUCGCCUGAUGAUUGGAAGUGAAGGCACCUUGGGUGUGAUAACAGAAGUAACCCUGCGGCUCCAGAAGCUGCCCCAACAUUCUGUGGUGGCGAUGUGCAAUUUUAAAACUAUCAAGGAUGCAGCUGAUGUUGCCAUUGCAACAAUGCUUUCCGGUAUACAGGUUUCCAGGGUGGAACUUUUGGAUGAGGUUCAAAUGAAGGCAAUCAAUGUGGCCAAUGGGAAAAAUUUGCCAGAAGUUCCAACUUUGAUGUUUGAAUUUAUUGGUACAGAAGCAUAUGCCCGGGAACAGACACAACUUGUUCAGAAAAUUGUUUCUGAGCAUAAUGGUUCGGAUUUUACCUUUGUGGAAGAUCCUGAUGCUAAAAUGGAACUAUGGAAGAUAAGGAAGGAAGCACUAUGGGCUUGCUUUGCAAUGGCACCUGGGUUUGAAGCUAUGACUACGGAUGUGUGUGUCCCUUUGUCACGACUUGCAGAAUGCAUAUCAAAAUCAAAACAACUGCUUGAUGCAUCGACGUUGCUAUGCACUGUUAUUGCACAUGCUGGUGAUGGAAACUUCCACGCACUAGUAUUAUUUGAUCCGAGCGACGAAGAUCAACGCCAAGAAGCAGAGAGACUGAAUCAUUUCAUAGUUCACACUGCUUUGUCAAUGGAAGGUACAUGUACAGGAGAGCAUGGCGUUGGGACAGGAAAGAUGAAGUACCUUGAACAAGAGCUGGGAAUUGGAUCAUUGCGGACUAUGAAAAGAAUAAAGUCUGCUUUAGAUCCCAACAACAUCAUGAAUCCUGGGAAAUUGAUUCCACCUCAUGUCUGCAUCUAAGGAAAACGUCCCUAAUAAGUAAUAACUCAAACAAGCGCAGAAGAAGACUCCAAUACCAGCGCCAUGAAACGUGCCAAGAAACUUCAACCCUACUCAUCAUCAUGUACAUUAUUGUCUUAUCUUAAAAAUUUAAGCAUUUGACUUUGUUUUAUAUACUUAAUCCAUUCAACUUGUAUCAAUAACUCAACUAUCAUCAUCAUCAUCAUUAUUUAUAAGAUUCUCUCACUUUCAAGCAUCA